UUUGUGUUUAUUCGGGAAAAAUAUUAUGAAUACAUGGGGGUGCUUUUAUCAUUUCGAAGAGGAGGUCGUGCAAACUACAGACUUCAAACAAGAAAUUCUUCAUAAGCUGGACACUUUAUCUGACUUUUACGAUCUGUAUUGCUCUAAUAGACUCUCGACUAAGUAUACUUCUUGCGUCCAGCACUUACCAGUUAAAACAGACAUAAAAAAAAAUUUUCUGGAGGAUACAUUAUUAAAAUGUCAACUACCGCACUCGAGUAGUUUGGCUUUCUUAGAUAUUGAUAGGAAAAAAUUAGCCAAAGCUUUUAAGUUGGAUCCGCAAGAGAUGUGACCUGGAUAUCUCUCAAGUAAAUACCUACUUUGGAAAAAAAGAUAGUAGGAUUAAUAGUUGCAACGGUAUUCUACUUGAUAAAAUUUAAGUUGAGCCUAAUUAAACGGAGUUAUGCCGCUGGGUUAUCCGAGGUGACACAUUAA